AUGUCGAGUUCCUCUUCGUUUGAUUUCUCGUCCUCUACCACACUCUCUUACCCCUCACCGGCCUACCUACACGUCGGCGGCCACCUCCAACUCUCCACAUGCGACGUUCGAAGUUACACAGAUGGCGGGUGGAGAGAGCUUUACGAGAGCGAUUCUUUUGGCAUGGAGGCGCCCCCUGCCUACCAGCGUGAAGAUUCGAGUCUUCCCUCUUACCACCAUGCUGUGAGACGAGUUCCAGCACCGACACCCACGCCGCUAGCAAAACGAUUGCUUAAAUUCGGCUUCUUCUUCCCCCUCCUAUGGCUUGCCGGCGCCAUUGUUAUGUUUGUCGCAUUCUUCACCCGACGAGCCGCGCGACAAUCCUCUUCGCUUCUUCCAGAGAAGAUCACGCACCAGAAGGAUAUCGCAUACGACCGCAUGCUCAGCGAAGAGAUUCGCUGGGGCCUCCGUUGUCUAUGGGCGUUCUCCAUUAUCUCGUGCAUCGUCUCAGGCAUCAUUCUUGCUGUUGUCUUUUGA